AUGACUAUCGUCCGCGCGUUCUUUCCUCCUGGUGAAGUUGUUUGUGACCGCAGAAGUUGACAGGGAAGCGGAACUAGCUCCAACUAGCUAGCACUGCGGCUAGUUUCGAACGACUCGCCCGGAUCCUACUUUGAUAAAAAAACAAACUGGGGAGGACAGCUACUCUUCUGACAAUGCCACAGAACAUCGAGCUCGGCGCCACGGCAGGUUCCGCCAAACAGGAGGGCAGCAACAUGGACGACAUGACCGUAGAACAGAUCACCAUGAGGGCCAACCAAGUCACCGAUGAGUCCUUGGAGAGCACGCGGAGGAUGCUGCAGCUGGCAGAGGAGAGCAAACAGACGGGCACCAACACCAUAGUGAUGCUGGACCAGCAGGGAGAGCAGCUGAGGCGUGUGGAGGAAGGCAUGGACCAGAUCAACCAGGACAUGAGGCAGGCGGAGAAGAACCUCACAGACCUCUCCAAGUGCUGCGGCCUCUGUGUCUGCCCGUGUGACAGAGUCACAUCCAUCGAGCACGACUCCCGGUACAAGCGGACCUGGGGCAUCGGGGGCGGGGACAACGACAGCACCACCAACGGGUCAAAAGUGGUCUCCAGGCAACCGUCUGCGGUUCGCAACGGCCAGGCGGGGCAGAUGAACGCCUCGGCCCCGUCAGGGCCGUACAUCAAGAGGAUAACCAACGACGCCCGAGAGGACGAGAUGGAGGAGAACCUGGAGGCCGUGGGCAGCAUCCUGGGGAACCUGAAGAACAUGGCGGUGGACAUGGGGAACGAGAUCGACAAGCAGAACAAGACCAUCGACAGAAUCACCGACAAGGCGGACAUGAACAAAUCUCGCAUCGACGAAGCAAACCAGAGAGCCAACAAGCUCAUCAACUAGAGCCGCCGCUGUCCGUCGUCUGUCUGCACACUCUCGCCACACGCACACACGCACGCACACACACACACACACACACACACCAAUCAGGCUUCAGGUGGACACUGCACUCGGCUACGCUGCUGUAGCGUCCGCUGGUCAUGUGACCAGCAGCCAACCAGAAUGUAAAUAUUCAUCUUUUAUCCGUUCUGUUCAUAUUCAGCUCCUCGCUCACAAAUCUCAAGCUAUUGUUUCCCCAGACUGUGCUUUUAUUUGUACGUAAUAAAUCUAUUCAACAAGUCA